AGUGAUCCAGCUUCGUAGGACGGAAAACCCAGAGUUAACCCUGAAGUUACCUCGCUAACGCCAAAUCCUGCUUCGUAGUACAGGCCUCUGGGCCCUGUUCUACUCAGUACUUCAGAGAUGGCUUAAAAGUGACCCAGAGCUGUUGUCAGAGAAAAAAGUUCUUAUAUAUAUUAUAUUUACGGUAAACUUGGAUCAUGACCAAGACCUUUCAAGGUGAAACUCUCUGUAUGUUCACCAGUCAUUUUGAGAUGCAAAUGACUCUUUUUCCAUAGAGAAAUAUUGAUAUAAUCUUGAUUUUAGAUGAAAACAUGUCAAAUAUUAUAAAUCAUCAUCUGUUGGUGUGAUUAUCACAAAUUACUUCACAACAAAAUACAAGAGACUAUACAAAAUAAAAUCACGUCAUUUUUAAUGGGAAUGUGUCAUUUAACCACUAAACUACAUGUAACGUACUUUCAUACAUUUUAAACACUUGGAAUGAAACAAUUAAUGUUUGAUAAAUUGGGGUCAGGAGGCUGAGAAAGGGUCUGGUGUAUGAGGACACCAAAGGACUUGUGAAGCACACCACAUCAUCUGUACUGACAGUUUUCCACUCCUAGAUUUCCUGAAGUCCAUUGUUUUUUAAAUUGAGCAUUGUAUUUAGAGUAAGGUCCAUCCAGAUGAUGGACUGAAACAUGUACUAGGUUUCAUCAGCAGUAGCAUCUCCUGUUUGUUGUUUAAUUUGGAGUGAUUGAGAGUAAACAUACAUUAUAUAUUUAUUUAGUUUCAGUUAACAAACUGCCUUUUUUAGUGCUCACUUCCACUGUACACAAAGCACGCUUCCUGCUCUGAGCACAACUCUCUAAGCCAACCCCUCAGCACUGCUCAACCCUACCCACCAUGCCUACUCAAAACCAUGCUAUGACAGAUGACGCACACAAUGCACUUACACAACCGUGCCGUGUUAGUUAAAGUGCCAUGGUGGUUUAGGAUACAUAAUACCUCAAUCUACCAUGAAUUUGCCAUGCGGGUGGGAGAUGCUCCUUAUUAGCUUGUGGAUACAAGUGGGCUUUGUGCCUGGGAUACAUUACAAGGAUGGAACUGUCAAUCAUCUGUCAAGGGAAGGUAGGAGGUAGACGUAUAUCUGUAUGUCCUGGCAGUGAAUGGGUCCCACAUAACAUCUUGUUUCCACAAGAUGUUUUGCUCUUAAAGGAUGAGCAGGAUCCCAAAUGUUUCACCCGGACAGGAGAGGAUUUCACCUGCUUCUUUGAGACCACAGAAAACAGGACUUAUGAUUUACUCUACAAGGAUGAAGGCUGUGUUUGUCCAGAGAGAAAUAUGAAAUGUCUGUCCAGAGAACAGAAGAGGGAACCUUCCUCCAUUUCUACUCAUUUCCUACGACGGAUGUUUUCAUGUAUGUGGAAACACACCUUGAAGUGGUGGAGCACAACACCAACACCAGCCUCUACAACCGGACUGUCUCUGUGGAGGACCACGUUCUCCUCGAUCCCCCCUUCAGUGUGUCGUUACACCAAAAUGACCAAGCAGGACAGCUGAAGGUUUCAUGGCACACAAAGGUCUCGAAAAACUGGAAAGCUGAUGUGAUGUUUAGGAUUCGAUACUCCUCCAAGGGACUGGGAGAGAAGACAAUAGAGGCAAAGGAGGGCGACAUACUACUCGACUCUCUGGGACCAGGGGAGGAGGUUGAGGUUCAGGUCACUGUCAAAUGUGCCUUAAAUCCAAAUGCAGGACACUGGAGCAGCUGGUCACACCCUGUGCGAGCUGUUGUUCCCCAAUAUGCAGAUGAUAUUUCACUAACCUGCUACACCUCUGACCUGCAAAAUAUCACCUGCCAGUGGAAUGGGAGCAGAUAUGGUGAAGAGAAUGAGUACAAGCUUUUAUAUAAGAUGGAUCGCAGUGAAGCUUUGGGCUGGACAGAAUGGACCGAGUGUCUCACUGACAGGGACUUGACUGAACUGUGCCAUUUCCAUGGAGAUGAGUCCAGGAAAUUCAGGGUCAAGCUCAGCAGCACUUCAGCUCCACUCAGCAGAAACUUCUAUACUCAAGAGUUCACUCUCAACAAGAGUAUCAAAACAAACCCACCACGUCAUCUGAGAGGAGCAUUGGAGAAAGACAAGUUAUGCUUGAGAUGGGAAGCUCCUCUUCCGUCUCUGUCGAGUCACUUGCAGUAUGAAGUCGGCUAUCAGAUCAGAGGGGGUGAAGCAUGGAUGACGGUGUCCCUAAAGGGUCCUGAGACUGGCACAUGUCUCGAGGUUCCAACAGGUAGCCAGUACAGUGUUAAGUUCAGGGCUAAACCUAAUGGGUACAUUUAUUCCGGCUACUGGAGUGACUGGUCAGAUGUGCUUACUGGUGACACCCCCGCUGACGUAGGCACGUUGCUCGUGCUGUGUAUCCCUGUAUUGAUGCUGAUAAUUGCCAUCAUCCUCAUCUCCCUGUUUUCCACUUACCACAGUAAACUCAAGCUGUAUUUUUGGCCGCCGGUCCCAAACCUUGACAAAGUCCUACAAGGUUUUCUGACAGAGGUCAACGGACCGAGAUGGAAUCCUCCAAUAACAGCAAAGCAGUGGUCUGACGAAAACACGUCAUCUGUGGUGGAGAUUGUGUCUAAAGACGAGGUUUCAAGAUUGCGGAAACUACAAGAGGGAUCCACCCAGCUCCUGUCACCAGAAAGAAACUCCUGUAGCGGAGAACAGGCAGAUGGAAGCCGUGGGACUGAAGUCUUUCCCGACUAUGUGGCUCUGAACAAAGACAGUGUCAUUCUUUGCCCAAAAGGAAACAACUAUGUCUCCGAGGAGGUUGGAGAGAAAGAAGGCCAGGGGGUGAGUGCUGAGCUCCUCCAAACAUGUCAGCCUUACUGCACUGAUGGCUCAGUCUGUAUCCCACCCUGCUUAGCCAGUGACUUUCUUAACCAUUCCUACUUCCCUCUGGCUGAGCCUGCAGACAGGUUCGACUGCAAGGUCAAUGCUGCAAGAGGGCCAGGCAACCUCUAUACUAAUUUCCCCUGUAGCUAAAUGUGCAGUACAACAAGUGUACCUUGUUUCCACUGGUGUAUAUUACAUGUAUACACUUUCUUAUAAUACAUAAGAACUCAAGGAUUAAUGCAACCUGUGUCUUAAACAAAGGUGUGUUACCAUGUAGUCACAGUAUAAUGGGGAUUCGUUGUGAUCAUGGCAUCGUCUCUCUUAGAAUUUCUGUUAAAUGCCAUGAGUACACCACAGAUUUGAACAUAAAAUACCUAUCAUAUAACUAUCAUAUAACAUAUCUAUGAUUGUUGAAGAUAUCUAGGCAUAUUGUAAUUAUACAUUACUUUAUAUUUGUAAUAGUAUAUAAUACUGCUGUAUUUUUAUGUCCACUAGAGGGGACAGUAGAUCACAAGAUACUUUGUGAGACUGCAAGAAAUGACCCAGGAAGACUGUAUUGUAUGGUACCUGUUAACAAUAACACCAAGUUGUACUGUUCUAUGCUAAGAGUAACUAGGACAAAAAAGUGAAGGAAAAAAAUGUAAAAAGGAGGUGCCCUGAGGGAUUGGGACUAUCACACAAGGUGACAGUUUUGAGUGUGUACUCCUUUCUUUAUUAUUAGGCAUUUUAAUGCAAUUUUUUUCUAAAAGUUUACAUUUAUCAAUUUUGUUUAUUUUAUUACUAUUCUAAAUUAUCGGAAUAACCACCGGUAUUUGUUUUUUUUUUAAUCUUUUUCAUUGCCAUUGUUUGUUUUAUACUCAUUUCUAUUUGUGAAAAAGUGUGUGAGAAAACACAAUUUGUCCCCAUUUCAUACAAAUUUAACCACAUGCUUGUUUAGUCUUUACUUCGCCAUAAUACCAUGAACUGUAACUUGCAUACACAUGCUAUUCCAGGUUUGUUUGUGUUCGGUAGUAAGUUUGGUUACAGAGCAUAUUCCAUUUUUUGGUUAAAUUAAAACACGGGCCAGCAUUGUUAAGUUUAGUAAAGUAAAUCAUUUUUCUUUCUCUCCUACUCACCACACCCACCAUGUGCUCCACAGACAUAAGGAGGAGGUAACCAACCACCUCCUUCCUUCAUGCACUGAGUGACAUCAUCAGUGAUGUCACCGGCGUAGACCAAGCGAGGGUGUAUUGUGAUCAAUUUAACCAUGGCUGCAAAUAUAUGCUAUGUAGGGAUGUGUGUGAAAGUGUUUUAGUACUAAGUUAGUGGGAAUUACCUACUUCAUUAGCUUUUUAGAGAAAGGUGUGGGUUUCCUGUGAGAAUGGUACAGCCUGCUGCUGAUUGACUCUUGGUGAUUAAAGGGACUAUAUAAGCAUUUGUUUUGGGGGAAUGAUGUCAGCGUGUAGCUGUGUGCACAUGAAGAUUGGUUUCUAUAAGUUGUUUUAUCAUGAGUUGAGGUAUAUUCAGUUAAAGCAGAGUUAACAGUUUGUUUCUUUUGUUUGUAUAUAUUUUUGUUACACGUGUAGUAUGAUGGCACUGUAAAUAAAACACCUUUUUUUCACAACUGGA